CGGCGUCUUGCUCUGCUCGCAGUGAUUGGUCAGGCCAAAGAUGGUGUAUUUCCUCCGUCUCGGUCCAGCCAAACAUACUUUUAUCUUCUGAGUUCCGCAUCUCAGCGCCGUCUGAACCCCAUCUGCUCCAGACAACUGCGGUAAGGCUAACCAGCAGGCCCGACUCCAGCCCGACGCCCGGAGGCUGGGAGGGAGCGAGGUGAGCGGGACGCCGCCGCUCCGCCGCUCCGGUGCUGUGCCUCUGAACGCCGUCUUUGUCCCAGCAGGGACCGAAACGCCGAUCUCCCAGCAUACACCAACACUUUGCUGGACUUGUUGGCUAACCUAGCUAAUGUUGUGCACCGUCGAUACCUAAAACAUCAGGUCCAAAAUGUCUGAACUCUUUAUGGAGUGUGAAGAGGAGGAGUUGGAGCCAUGGCAGAAACAAGUCCCACAAGUUAACUUGGUAGAUGACGAUGAUGAUGAACCGAUCUUCGUCGGAGAGCUCACAAGUAACCAAAGGAAUAGUAAACCUAACCCCACACCUCUUCAGAGAAACAGUGAAGGAAGGCUCGGACUACAGUCUCGUGCUCCUCUGCCUGUCAGGGGCUCCUCGCAAAUGGUGUUGCCAUUGACUGUACCUGCAAAGGGAGUAAACACUGCACCAUCCAGUCUAACAACAAUAACUCCGCAGCCUGUUAUUGUCAACAACCAGGGCUUCAUAGUGACAUCUCCGCAAUUAUCAAGCAACACAGAGUUCAUCACCUCACUUGGAAAACAAUACCCACCAGGAACUUCAAUCACAAUAGUACCAGCGGGCCAGCAGCACCUCUUGCAGCAGGUGACUCCAGCCACGUUAAUACCUGGUGUUGUCCAUCGGCCCCAAGUGCAGCAAAUCAACAACAAUGUUGUGACCUUGUCCAAUGUCCAGAGCCCUGCCAUUUAUUCAACACCAUCUAACCAGCUGCAGGCUGCUCGGCCCAACUCGCAGCCCAUCCAGAUCUUUUCCGUGCCUAUCAAGGCCCAGGGAAACAACAGAGAUCAAGGCAUAAUCAAACGAAGAUUACAGCCACAGCCAAAUGACAGUGUAGCAAAAAGAGCCAAAUCGGACACGGAGACAAAAGUGAUUGAUUUAGUGGAGAAUGGGACGUUUAGGAAAAAGUGUCCCAAGUGCAAGGAAGAGUUCCUUCUGCAAGAAGCCAUGAAAACUCAUAUGAUGAGCUGCUGUGCUAACCUGGUGGAAAGUGUGUUUCCAUCCACACCCGACACUACUUCUGUUGCUACAAGCAAGCGCAUCAUGCUCGUCUCAGACUUCUACUAUGGUCGAUUUGAUGGAGAUGGGCACAAGCAGCAAGCGCAGAAGACCAACACCACCUUUAAGUGCCAGAGCUGUUUGAAAGUCCUCAAGAAUAACAUUAGGUUCAUGAACCAUAUGAAGCAUCACCUGGAGCUGGAGAAGCAGAACAGUGAGAGCUGGGAAAGCCACACGACUUGCCAGCACUGCUACCGGCAGUACAUGACUCCAUUCCAGCUGCAGUGCCACAUUGAGAGCGCUCACAGCCCAUUUGAAUCCUCAACCAAUUGCAAGAUAUGCGAACUGGCAUUUGAGUCAGAGCAAGUGCUGUUGGAGCACAUGAAGGACAACCACAAGCCUGGGGAAAUGCCCUAUGUCUGCCAGGUGUGCAAUUUCAGGUCCUCAUUCUUCUCUGAAGUGGAGACACACUUCCGAAGUGUCCAUGAGAACACGAAAGAUCUCCUCUGUCCAUUCUGUUUGAAGGUCCUCAGAAGUAGUCACAUAUAUAUGCAACACUACAUGAAACAUCAGAAAAAAGGAAUCCAUCGAUGUGGAAAAUGCAGACUGAAUUUUCUCACAUACAAGGAGAAGUUGGAGCACAAGACCAAUGUCCACAAGACUUUCAGAAAACCUAAAGCCCUGGAAGGCCUUCCUCCGGGGACAAAGGUGACAAUUCGAGCCUCGCUCACAGGAAAAAUGCCCGUAUUACCCAGCAGUCCUGAUCGAUCUGCUGUGAAUGUCAGUCCAGACACAUUAAGUUGUAAACAACAAACCAAAGCUCCGAUCAAUGUCAUCAAGUCGAAAUCAAACGCUGCUGCAGCUGGAAAAGCCAAGCCCCCUCAGAUCAAGAAGCAGGAGCGCCGUGCAACCAAGCACAACCUGGCACUGAGGAAUCUCAGAACUUAUGGAGGGCGUUACACAUGCAUCGAGUGUGACACAGAGAUUGACGACUUCUUUUCUCAUUAUCCGAUGAUUUCCAAUUGUGGUGCAUGCAAAUACAGUACAAGCUGCAAAGUCUCUAUUGGGAAUCAUAUGAUAAGGUUUCAUAGCACCAUCACCAAAAACAGAUUUUGGAAAAUGGAAAAUCGAAAAAAUCAAACCAAGUCAAAAUUAACGCUGAUCUGUCUCAACUGUGACCUCAUUGUGGAUGCAUCAGGAGGAGAGGGAGGUGACCUAAUGAGCAGACAUUUAACCGACAGACCCAGUCAUGUGUGCAAAGUCAUUUCUGAGUCAAGGCGUCCUGUUAUGGGGGAGCCAUCAAAAAGCUUAUGCGGCUCGACGUCAGGACCUGCUGAAAAAUUAAAGGAAACGGACACAAAACAAGUGGAAAGAGAUGCAUCUGAAGGUGCUUCUCUUGUAGGAAAUGGGGCCACUGUUGAACAUCCAGAAGCGUCAGAGCAGUUGGUUCCAGCAGUUGAUCAGGACAAGACGUCAAAAGACACAAACCGCAUUGAGAAUUCACCCGAAAGGGAACUGAAGCAGUCGUCGCCUACCACGGCCUGUGCAUCGCAUGAGGAGUCACUGGCUAACUCAGAGGGCCUUGAUGUCAGAGAGCAGGCCAGUGCCCCGCUGCAGCCCCCAAUCUCACCGACUGUCCUGGAGCAGGAGACAGGAUAGACUCAAAGUGAGGUGAACAACUUCUCCAAUAAGAGUGUACCUGCUGGUUCACCAAACACUGCACAUGGCAACACAGAGAUGUCUGCAGUGAAGUAAAUUGAAAUAUAACUACUUCAUCAGACAUGCCUCUUUAAAAGCAUUGUAGUUUAUUAUUACCUGUAUCUUUGUAUGCUACUAAUCUUAAGAUUCACAUCUUGGGCUAACCAGUUUCAGCAGUGGAGUGAACACCCUGCUUCACUAGUGUCAGCUGUUCUGUCCAUCUUUUAUUGCAUAAAUAUAUGUAAAAUAUGUAUGUAUUUAGAAAUAAAAGUACAUCAACAAGAAUCCCCUUCAAUGCCCUAUAAAGUAUACUUUCAAAAGAACUUCCAAGUUCAUCCCGACAGCACCAGAAACUAAUAUCCUGCACCUUGCCAAAUUCCAGACCACUCACUGUCAGUUCUCCAUUUGAUUUGGAGGAUCAUGGCCCACUUUCUUUUACCAUUAGAAACAGGCUUAAAAGCUGGCUGACACACCAAAUACACACACACUAACCCCACAUUUUUAAAGGUGCUAUAUGGUGCAUCUAUAAGUAUCAGUUCCUCAUUUUUAAAGUCAUUAGUUUUAAUAUUUUAAAGUGUUAUGUUGGUGCAGUUACUGUAGCUGGGACCACUGUCGAGAUGAUUGGCAUUAAUAUUGCUUGUAUUUCCCAUAAUCAUUACUACAUUUCUCACACACACCAGUGUUUCCUGCGGCAACACUGCCGGGAUCAACUCAAAGCUUUAGCUCCGUCUGCACUGGAACAACAGCGUUCCAAUUUUGUCCAAGAUCAUAUUUGUUUAUGGUAAUUAUGCUGUGAUUUAAUGAUGUUAAAUCUUUAACAUACACACUACAAUCUGACUGUUUGGCCAUCUAUCAUUAUCCUGGUUUUCAUUGAUGUCUUGAUUUGGAGUUGAAUUUGCAGGUUAGAUGUUAUUUUAAACCUCAUUGGCAAAAUCUCUGUGUAAUCUGUGGUUUACGGUUCCUGUGUAAAUAAAUGAACUCCAAGCUUUAAUAUAUAAGCUGUUCCUUUCUGUUGAGGUUUAGGCUACUUUGCCUAGCAAAAAAACUCUUUAUUAUGCAUUCUUAAAAUUGUAUCAAUUAAAUUUAUAUCAUUGCUUUUUCCUUAAAAUUCAUGGUUGGUGAGUAGCAAGUGGGACGAAAUGCAGAUUAACACUUAAUUGGUAUAUUAUUAAUUGCUGUGGUUUGGAUGGUUUGGUGCCCCAGUGCGGUUAAUCCACACCGAGUUGUAUUCAAGCAUUAAGUGAUGGUACAUGUGGGAGAAAACCUUCGAAAUAUCCCUGAUGUUGUCAAGUAUUUUAGUACAAUUCAUAAAGGUGGAUUUGAUACAAAUUAAAAGUAGUGACCCCACUGUGAGUCAGUAUUUCAAAUAGGUCAGAAUGUGCUAAUGGCUUUGAGUUUAAAGGCUUAGUUCACCCAUUAUGAAAAAUGCAAUAUCAUUUCACUCACCCCCAGCUGUUCGGUAGGACAGUGGUGGUGCUAUCUUCCUCUCGUUGUUACUGAGUGCUGGAUACUGGCUGGAUGCUCACUGCUAACUGUUAGCCUCCUGCCAUCGAGGUAGACUUCCCCCCGGCUAACGGUCUUAAAAAUAACCCCUCAAUCCACUCUAGUUGCUAACUAAAGUUUCAUGAUGCUUACUGGCAGUUCUACAGAACAGCUAGGGCACAAGUAAAAUGAUAUCACUUUUUUUCCAAAAUGGGUGAACUAUCCCUGAGUGCAAAGUAUUUAUACAGGGAGCAAUUUUACCAACCAAUUAUAAAAUUACCGUGUAUUCCAGCAGAUUUUAAUACCCACUUAUUGUUUCUGAAGAGCUGCCUUGUAAAAGAUUAACAGAACAGUGUGCUAAAACGUGAACACCUGCAGCUUACUGAGAUGUCAAGCCAUUUUUAUGCUCAGAUCGCUUCAAGUUCUUACUGUGUGUUUACAGAAAACAAGGCAAAGCUUUUAGGCAUGGGCAGUUUUUUUUUCUUGGCACCUGUGUGACCUGUGUCAUGAUCCUCACCAAAUUAUAAACCACAUUGCUGACAUUUUUCAUUAAAUGGGGUUUUUAAUGUGUAUUUUUAUUUGUAUUGUAUAUAUCUGUAGAAAGCCUUGAAAUGCAUUUUUGAUUAUGAUGUAACCCCCCUGAGUCUACUUUGAAUACAUUCCUCUAAAAUACAGUGUUCUCAAUCUUUUUAGGACAUACAACUCUACAGUGAGAGGUCUGUAAACUACUGAAUUUGGAUCAAUGUUUCCUUGUUGCUCUAUUAUGUAAAUAAACCUUUAAUACGUGA